AUGGUUUGUUCAGAUCUAUGUAAAGUUUGUAAUACAGAUAAACAUCCGAUCUACUAUUGCAAAAAGUUCAUUGAAAUGACUCCUCCUGAACGAUUAAAUUGGAUUCAACGACAAAAACUAUGUGUGAAUUGUUUCAAAUCCGAUCAUAAAGCAAAGGUUUGUGAAGCUGGAUCAUGUAAAAAAUGUGCCAAGAAGCAUAACACUUUGCUCCAUUUAGAGCAACAGUCACCUAAACCUUCAAGGGCACCAACAACAAACACAAAGUCAACCACAACAUUGAUCAACGCUAAUGAAUCGCCAUCCAUAACAGCAACAACUAAUGCAAAGUGUACUCGUAAUUACGUUCUGCUAGCCACUGCAAAGGUGCGCAUUAUUGCAAACAAUGGACGAACGUGUGAUGUUCGUGCCAUACUCGACUCAGGGUCUCAAGUGAACCUAGUAACCCAAAGAGUAAUCAACAAGUUAUCUUUAAUUACCACAAAUUCAAAUCUAUCGAUCGAAGGUAUUGGCCGUCAAUUCGGGAACUCAAAAUCUCGCGUAAAUGUUGAACUGCAGGCUACUAAUGGAAGCUUCAGGACGAGACUAGAGGCAUUUGUACUGCCACAAAUAAUAUCACCACAACCGUCACGAGACCUAGAUAUCUCGGAUUGGCAGAUCCCACAGAAUGUAGAAUUAGCAGACCCCAGCUUUAACAGAUCUGGACGAAUUGACAUACUGAUUGAACAAUUGAUAAUAGGAAAGAAUUCGCCACUGUUACAAAAUUCGGUUCUAGGUUGGUUGGUGGUUGGUAAGACUAAAACUACAACAGAUAUUAAACCAACAUGCGCUAUUACUACAGGAGAAGUUGGUGAAAUGUCAGAAAUGAUAGAACGAUUUUGGAAGUUAGAUAACAUUGAGACUGCAGAAAGGGUUUUGACUUUAUCUGAGAAAUGGUGUGAAAAUCACUUUACAAAUCAUGUAAAGACAAAUCACGAUGGUCGUUUCAUUGUACGCUUACCUUUCCGCGAAGAUCCCACAACACUUGGUAGAUCGCGUGAGAUAGCAUUCAAUCGAUUUUGUUCUCUGGAAAGGAAGUUACAAAGGGACCCAAAUUUAUACAAGGAGUACAUAAAGUUCAUGGAUGACUAUGAGUCAUUAGGUCACAUGGAAAAAGUUUGCCCGAAAGAUGUCAAAGGAGCACAAUAUUUCAUUCCUCAUCAUUGUGUCUUGAAACCUGACAGCACUACAACCAAAUUGAGAGUUGUCUUUUAUGCAUCAGCAAAAACAUCAAGCGGUUUAGCACUAAACGAUAUUUUGCACAAAGGUCCAACAGUGCAAAGUGAUCUUUUUUCAAUACUGUUGCGUUUUAGAAUACACCGGUUUGUAUUUACGGCCGAUAUUGAGAAAAUGUACCGGCAAAUUCAAGUACAUGAUGAAGAUACAGCACAGCAGCUGAUAAUCUGGAGAAAAAGUGCUGAUGAUAGUAUACAAUAUUACCGACUGAAAACGGUUACAUAUGGAACAAAGUCAGCCCCUUAUCUUGCAACAAAAUGUCUUCAACACCUUGCAAAACAUAAUAUGACCAACUAUCCGCUUGGAGCACCUGCAUUACUUAAUGAUUUUUAUGUAGAUGACUGUUUAAGCGGAACUAACAGCAUCAUUACCGCCUUACACACUCAACAACAACUUACGGAACUGCUCAGUAAAUCAGGAUUUAAGCUGAGAAAAUGGUGCUCAAAUAAUACACGACUCCUACAAAACAUUCCGAUAGAAGACCAAGAAAUCAACCUUGAUUUAGAUGACUCAGCCAUAAAGCCAACAAAAACAUUAGGCAUUAUUUGGCUCCCGAAAUCAGACGAAUUUUGCGGUAAGGCAGAGAUGUCAUCAGAGCAACCUAUCACGAAGCGGAUUGUGGCAUCGGACUUAGCUCGAAUUUUUGAUCCUUUGGGAAUUUUUGGCCCCAUUACUGUAACAGCUAAAAUGUUCAUGCAGGAAUUGUGGCAACAAAACUAUUUCUGGGAUGCGGAACUGUUACCUCAGGCUCAGCUAGAAUGGAAGCGUUUUAGAAAUGACUUACAAACAUUAAAUACUGUGAAAGUACCCAGACAUAUUUUUAAUUCGACGGUUCCCUGUUCGAUUCAAUUACACGUGUUUACGGAUGCAUCAGAGAAGGCAUAUGGAGCAGCUAUGUACGUGCGAGCAAUAUAUAAUGAUAAGACAAUAACAUCGAGACUAUUGUGCGCCAAAUCUAGAAUAGCACCAUUAAAGAAACAGACACUUCCACGACUAGAACUCUGCGCAGCAUUGCUGGGAGUCGAUUUAGCAGAAAGAGUUAAACAAGAUUUAAAGUAUCAAAACGUGCCAACCUACUUUUGGUCCGAUUCUAAAAUUGUUUUGUCAUGGAUAAUAUCUUCAUCUGCCUCAUUGCACACAUUCGUAGCAAAUCGUAUUAGCAAAAUUCAAGAGAUGUCACAUGCUGAUCAAUGGCAUCAUGUGGCAUCAAAGGAUAAUCCUGCUGACAUCAUUUCCAGAGGAAUAAAGCCAAACCCAAAGGCAUUUAACAUCUCAACUGAUAUCGAAAGACGACAAGGACAUACAGUUAACAUUAUCAUUCAAACGACUGGUUCUGAUCACAUGAUAAAUCAAAUUGAUCAUCGAAACUCAUUCAGAUACCUCCAAAGAACAAUUGCUUAUGUUCGCCGUGUAUUUCAUCGCACACAAUCACCAACAAGAACACUUUCUCCAAAGGAAUUACGAGAUGCAUUAGUCUUCAUAAUUAAAACUAUUCAGGGCUCAGAAUUUGCAAAGGAAAUCUCUGAUUUAAAACAAUGUAAAGCAGUCAACAGUUCGAGUCAACUAAAUACUUUAGCACCGUUCAUUGACGAACAAGGUGUACUUCGUGUUGGAGGAAGGCUUGAAGCAUCAACAUUGCCAUAUGAUGCUAAACACCCAAUGGUAAUUCCUUACAAUCACUCAAUAGUGAAAUUGAUGUUCAAAAUGAAACAUGAAGAAAAUUCCCAUUGUGCUCCACAAUUAUUGCUAAGCAUAAUGAGACAAAACUUCUGGUCGAUUAAAGGAAAGAUUAUGGCGCGAAACAUUGUUCACAGCUGUGUCAUCUGUUCAAAGGCAAAACCAAAACUGAUGGACCAACUCAUGGGCAACUUAUCGACUGAUCGAGUUACUCUAACUAAACCAUUUUUUACCACAGGAGUUGAUUACUGUGGUCCGAUAUGGAUUCAUUAUAAAAUUAGAGGAAAAAGGCCAACAAAGGCAUAUUUAGCAGUAUUUUGCUGUUUCGCGACUAAGGCUGUUCACCUAGAAAUAGUGAGUGACCUGACAACAGAGGCAUUCAUAGCCGCUAUUCAACGUUUUAUCAGCAGAAGAGGAAGAUGCCAAACAAUUUAUAGUGACAAUGCGACUAACUUUGUUGGGGCGAGAAACCAACUACAAGAGCUCCAGUCUACCAUUUAUUCAGAAAAUGGAAAAGAAAAGAUCAUUAAGACCAGUAGUAACAAGGGAAUUGACUUCAAAUUCAUUCCACCAAGAGCUCCUCAUUUUGGAGGACUCUGGGAAGCUGCCGUCAAGUCAGCUAAACAUUUAAUGAUUAAAGGAAUUUUCAACGCUUCAUUGACUUAUGAAGAAUUGGCAACAGUCAUAACUGAAAUAGAAGCCAUGUUAAAUUCAAGGCCAAUAACAAAAAUGUCAUCCGAUCCAAAUGACAGCGCUUACACCAGGACACUUUCUCAUAGGCGAACCACCUACCACUAA